UGAGAACUGGGCAGCGACAAUCACAAAGCAAACAAUCAAUGGCUGGAGAAUCAGUAGGCGUUGGAGGCAACGGAAACCAUGAACGAUGAAGACGAACCAACGACCCAUCUUCCCGAUACUAUUUGUAAAAUUCGGAUUUUCCGGAUUUGAACAUAUGUGGAGUUGUUCUCAAAGGCGAAAACAACUAUCGUGAAUGGGCAACGGCGAUGAAGAACGCUUUCCGUGCAAAACGGAAAAUAGGUUUCAUUGACGGAACCAUCAAGCGACCGACGACGGAUGAGGAACACAUUGAAGAUUGGGUGUGUGUUAAUUCCAUGUUGGUAGGGUGGAUCAUGGCCUCGAUUGAUCCAUCUCUCAGAACCAACCUUAGCUACAUGGAUAAUGCAUAUGAAUUCUGGGAAGAUUUGAAGACAUGUUUUGCUGUUGGUGAUGCGAUGCGUACUCACGAGCUUAAGGAGUUGAUUCGGGGCUGUCGUCAAAAUGGCCAGCCCAUAACCACGUACUUCGGACGCUUGAAAGCCCCGUGGGAUGAUUAUGACGGUUUUCGAAUUGUUCCCCAAUGCACUUGCGGUCGAUGUACCUGUGAACUUGAAAAAUUAUUUUUGAAACAGGUAGAAAAGAAGAAAACGCACGAGUUCUUAUUAGGACUCGAUCGUGACACCUACGGAACACUAAGAACGAACAUCCUUAGCGAGGAUGAAUUGUCGUCGCUUACCAAAGUUUAUCAUAUGAUCACUCAGGAAGAGAGGCAUCAGAAUAUCAUGCGUGGACGUGAAGAACACCCCCCAGAGGCAGUAGCUUUUGCUGCCCGGACUGGGUUCGCCGGCGGAACAAGAGAUGAAAGGGUUAAGUGCACUUACUGUAAUAAACCCGGACAUGAGGCGGAACACUGUUUCCGUAGGACUGGUCAGUACCCUGAAUGGUGGUUUGUGGAAAUCGACAAGUGCAUGGCAUUGAUUACAGCGAGACUUUCGCCCCAGUUGCUAAAAUGGUAACUGUUCGUACCAUUUUGGCGGUUGCUGCUUCUUGCCACUGGGAACUUCAUCAAAUGGAUGUUGAUAAUGCCUUUCUUCACGGAGAUUUGCAUGAGGAGGUAUACAUGCACUUGCCUCCCGGAUUUUCUGUUUCUUCCCCAGGCAAGGUAUGUAGGUUGCUUAGAUCACUUUAUGGGCUCCGACAAGCACCCCGAUGUUGGUUCUCUAAGCUCACGACCUCCUUGCGGAAAUAUGGUUUUUGUCAAUCUCACGCUGAUUAUUCUUUAUUUACUCUGCGACGGGAUCGUCAGAUUCUAUGUGUUUUAAUUCAUGUUGAUGAUCUCCUUAUCAUGGGCAAUGAUCGUGACAUGAUUAUGGCAUUUAAGGCUUUUCUCGCUACUUCUUUUCCCGUAAAGGAUUUGGGCAUCAUGAAGUAUUUUCUGGGUAUUGAAGUAGCACGCAAUUCUACUGGCAUUUUUUUGUGCCAACGCAAAUAUGUGUUAGAUAUUUUGGCUGAAACGGGUUUGACUGGGGCGCGGCCUGUCUCCUUUCCCAUGAUACAGAAUCAUAAACUACAAUCGGAUACUGGGCCUAAUUUUUCUGACCCAGAACGCUAUCGGCGGUUGGUUGGGAAAUUAAUUUAUCUUACCUUGACCAGGCCGGAUAUUAGCUAUUAUGUUCAUAUUCUCUCCCAGUUUAUGCAAUGUCCCAAGAUGGCGCACUGGGAGGCUGUCCUACGUGUUCUCCGCUACCUUAAGAGCCAUCCUGGCCAAGGCAUUUUAUUACGGUCAGACUCCGCUCUUACCUUGAUGGGGUAUUGUGAUGCUGACUGGGCAAGUUGUCCAGUCACACGACGUUCUGUGACCGGCUAUUUUGUUUCUCUCGGACAGUCUCCUAUUUCCUGGCGCACCAAGAAAUAGGCCACAGUUUCUCGUUCUUCAGCGGAGGCAGAAUAUCGAUCCAUGGCCACCCUCACUUGUGAACUUAUCUGAUUACGCAACUUACUUCAGUGCCUGGGCGUCACACAUUCUUCUCCAGUGACACUUUAUUGUGACAAUCAGGCAGCUCUCCACAUUGCCUCUAAUCCAGUUUAUCACGAGCGAACCAAGCACAUCGAGCUUGACUGUCAUUUUAUUCGGGAUCAUAUACAGGCUGGUACAAUCUCUCCAUCCUAUACAUCAACUACCGAGCAGCCCACAGAUUUGUUGACAAAAGCACUUGGAGCUUCCCAAUUUACUUAUUUGCUUGCCAAGAUGGGCAUUUGUGAUCCCCAUGCUCCAUCUUGAGGGGGGGUGUUGGUGUGUAUUUUAUUGUAACACUUUAUUUUGGUACAUUUAUUCCUAGUACGUACGUUUGUGAUAAGUACGACUAGGAGUUGUGUUGUUUUAGGAUUCAUUGUAGCCAUGUAUUUUCCUCCUUUUUUGUAGCGUGUGGUUAGCUGGCAGAGGAGAACUUCUCGCUGCG